CGGCGCCCAUGAAAAAGUAAAGUUUCUCACAAAUCCCAUAAUAAACCUCUGUUUUCUUGCAAAGUUGUAAUUGUAUAUUGAUGAGUUAUGAGCUAACUCCGAUUAUGGCGACAGGAGGCUCCCCAACCCAUGCUCCCCCAGUAUCUCAGGAGCAAGCUCUGCUUGAGUCGUUCUUCUCCUGCUUGAGUCAGUUUGCAUAUGACAAGGCAAAGGAACUAAUGGAGAAAGAGCGCGACGGCCACAAGGCCACGUUCGGUUCAUCCUGGGGUUUGCUUAUGCAUUCCAUGGCUAACAUGGCCAUGAAUGAGAAAACCUACACUUCACUGGUUUAUUUGAGUCCAAAGUGGUUCGGUCGCAAAGAUGUGUUCCAGAAUAUGCGUUCCUCCUACACCAUCCUCCUGACAGAGUUGAAGAGGAUAGAGGAGAUACCCGGGACACAGGCAGACCCCGAGUUGGUAGCCCCACCACCAUCAUCAGAGAAACUCCUCUCACACCUCUGUGGGCAGCUUGGACACUUUGUGACGGCAAGAAUUAAGAUGAUGGACUUCUAUGAACAGAUGUCAACUAUGGGCUCGAUGAAAGUCAUCAACUUCGACGAUCUUCUCAAUGUUAUCGCACACAUCAGUCAGAACCAUCAGAAAAACUUCCACCAUCCGAUUCUCAGUCCACUGAAAACUUCUUUCACGUUAGAAUGUGACAUCAACUCACACCUACUGCAAGCACAGAAAAACAUGGCCAACUGGCAGUUCCUCACCUCACUUUUGCAACUCCACGAAGCCCACACGAAACUUGCUAUCUGGUGUGAUGUCACGCAGAUGAAGGAUACAACUAAGAAGUUAACGUUUGGUUCUUCCAAACAGCCAGCAGUCCCAGCUCUUUAUCAUUGGCUCAAUAAGUUCAAGGGAGUCUUAGUAUCAAAGUUCAGCCUAUAUUUCUACGACACCCUGUCUAAACAAGCUCCUCAAGGUGAAAUGAAAUCUGUGAUGGCAAAGGCUACAGUGGACUUCAUUUCCAGAAUCACAACCUUCCAAAAGAAAUCUGAUGCAGUUAAUAUCUCACUGGUCUUCGACGUCCAUGGAAUAGAAGACCUUUACAAUGGACCUGGCUACCAUCACCCCAAUAAGUUCUCAGAAAAACCAAAGGGACUCGAUAGCUAUCCGGCUGUGUUUGCUUAUCCUGGGGAAAAACCGUCCAAUCACUGGCCCAAUGUGAUCAUGAUCAUGGAGGACCGACGAUCAGAAAAUACUUUUGACAAAGUGAUCUUUUUCUAUGAUAAGAAAAUGCAGAGUACAUACUUCAUGUCCAGGAUCGAGCCUCGGAUUACGUUGGUGCUAAUAUUCGAAACGAAAAAGGCGGAGAAGGACUCUUAUAUUGUGAACUUUGUCAAUGAAUUCUCCACGUUGCUGCGACUGAACAAGACAUUUCAGACUCUAAAACAAGGAGCGAAAUAGAAAGAUAGAAGGCUAGGGUGCCCAAUCAAUUAAUCGUACUAAAUCUUAGGGAAAAUAUUUUCAGACACAAUAGACCUGCCCAAUUUUUUGUGACUGGUAAAAUUAAGGAAUGCAUUACCGGUACUCCAUUUCGCUCCUCUGAAAUACAUUUGAGAAAAUAUUCCAGGGAGUCUGUUGUGGCUGGUAACCCACAUAUUCAUUCGAUGGGCACUAUGAUAAUCAGCAGUGUUGAUUUUGUCCCCUGAGGGCCCUCUUUCUUCCAGUUGGUGCUAUGGUUUGUUCAAAGAAAAUGGCGACUGUUAGUUAUGAUUAUGAAAUUGUUGAAUAAAGUGAGCAUUUUGAGAAUAAAGCUCAAGCUUUUGGGGCUUGUUAUUUCAUGGGGAUGUGUUCUGUUCUAACUGUGAUAUAUGUUCAUACAAAGUCCUACCCAGAAAA